AUGACUUAUUCAUCGCCUAAUUACUUUGAAAUUGCUGGUGUUGAUUCAAAACUGGCCGAGAAGUAUAAACUUUAUAUUUAUCGCGAUGGUUACAGAGACGAUAAUAGCGUAAGUUGUAACAACUGUCAAAUAUAUAUAUAUCAUAUAAUAAUUACUUCGCGCGUUUUUAAGCUUUACGGUGUACCUGCUUUAUUUAUACCCGGACAAGCCGGAAGUUAUGGUCAAAUUAGAUCUUUAGCCUCGACUACGACCAAUCUUUAUCACCAGAAUGCAGAUCAACAAAAAAACAUUGAUUUCUUUACAGUCGAUUUAAAUGAAGAAUUAUCGGCUUUAAGCGGACAAAGCUUGUUAGAGCAGGCAAAUUAUUUAAAUGCGGUUAUCGAACGCAUUUUGCAAUUAUACGAUGAGCCCAGACCUAGAUCUGUCAUGAUCAUUGGCCAUUCGAUGGGCGGUGUUGUUGCUAGAGCUAUGUUUAUGCUUCAUAAUUACAUACCCCAUAGCAUCGAUACAAUUGUAACCAUAUCAACACCUCAUUUGACAGCUCCUUUAUUACUAGACCCAAUUAUUUACAAGACAUACAAGGAAAUUACGCAGUUUUGGAAACAGAAUGAGAAUACGUUGCUAAAGGACGUUAUAUUAAUCUCGAUUGCAGGUGGAUCUUUGGACAAUAUUGUGCAUUCGGACGGUAUCGAUAUUGAUAGCAGCGUUUUGAAUGGAUUGACAACGUACACCACAUCAAUUCCAAACGUCUGGACAGGAUGUGACCAUAUGGCAAUAUUAUGGUGUCGACAAUUUAUUCAGUUAUUAUCUUCAACGCUUUUAGAGGUGGUUAAAGCCGACACACCAGCUGACCGUAUGAACAUAUUCCGAUACAACUUAUUGGAUGGGACGACAAUUGGAGAACAAAGCACUUUGGUGGAUUUAAAUACAAUUACUGACAAACACUUCGAGCCUUCAAUUUUACUAGCUUUCGCGAAAGAAUCAACACGCCCUUCUCUGGCAUUUAUGGAUGCUUCUAAAAAAAUCCAGUUUUUGACAAAUAUUCAGCCUGAAUUUGACAGUCGAUGGUCUGCUGUCCUUUGUCAGGAGAACUUUAACUGUGAUUAUGUUAAGCCAAAUGUGACAUUGCUACCUUCUGCUACAGCAGAAAAUCUGAUUGGAUCCAAUCCUUAUAGGCUAUUGGAAAUUGAAAGAGAAGUAAAUUUUAAAUAUGUGGGUGUCAUUGAUCACGGUGGAGAUGGAAUUUUGGAUGGUGAUAACCAGGUGUUUUUGACUGGGCAAGCGAUUUCAGAUAAACCUGUUGUGCAUACAAGCAGCAUUUUUGAUAUUGGGCUGAGGGGAUUGCAUUUUCACGUGGAUAGUUUUAAUACAACGCAUGUUUUCCCUUUUAUCAAGAAUACACUCUUUGCUUUCGAUGUACAUGUAGAAUCAAUUAAUGGUCAAGAAAGAUUAUUCAAGCCUUUUAUGCAGCAGGCAAUUAAUAAUCGGGAGAUAGUAUAUCAUCGAGGACUUGAACAAGGUAUCUCUGAUAGAAUUACAUUUCAUCAAGAUUUAGACAAAAACCAUCAAGGAUUAUCACUUCGAUUUUUUAUGGAUGAGCAAACAUUAGACAUCCAAUUGAGCAUUGAUUGGUAUGGAACAGUUGGUCGAUGUGUACUUCGUUAUGGCAGUAUCAUGGUAUUGUUUUUCUGGGUUAUCUCGCUGGUUGUACUCUUGUCUCAAUUAUAUUCUUAUGCAAUUAAUGGAAAACGUGAAUUUUCUAGAUUUGAAAUUGCUCUAUUUAAUUGUCUCAAGGGACCGAUUCUCCAAAUUGCAGCGUUGCUUUUAGUCGCUACCAGCAUUCAAUUAUAUGCGGCAUCACCUUUUGCAAGCAAGAAUAUAUUUUUUGGAAGCGAUGACUGGACAAUGGCAGGUCUAUUAUUAUUUAUGUUUGUACUCAGUAUUGGGUUGACCUUUGUUAUCUGGCUGGCAGUUUCUCUCAUGGUCAAUAUUAUUAGUCUACCCGUAGGAGUGUUUCCUGUCCGAAUCAAGACAGCUGGCCCUUUUGCUGUACAUUUGACUAUUGUUGCCGGAUGUUUGGGAUUUAUACCUCCUUCUGUCUUGUUCUGUCUGUAUUUUAUUGUAUGGACAUUCAUGACAGCAUCUUCGCGGGUAUCAGCCAGAUCUGAUUUACCUACGGUACAAAACGUUUAUAAUUAUAGACUAUCGUGGCUGGUAUUCUUGACAUCACUGUUGCCUUAUUAUGUUCCCAGCGUGAUCGUGUUCGUCAAGGAUAUCAUGAUCGGUUGGACGCAAUACAGCGUGUUACCUAUUAAACUUGCUCAUGAUAUACCUGGGCUACUCGUAGUGAUUUAUCUGGUGACAUUUGGGAAAAAUCCCGAUGUAUUGGAAACAAAGUAA